AUGUCUUGCCAAUCCGAAAAAGAAAAUGCUACCUUCGUUGUCACUAUCGACCAGCGCGGCGAUUUAACCCUUCGAAUCGGCUCAUCAAAUCCCGACACCGUGAAGAAGAACUUCCUCGUCUGCUCAAGGACCCUCUCACGAAUAUCCCCACCUGCAUCCUUCGAACUGUUCCUCUACAUCGCUCAUGGCUACACGCAAAAGGUUCCCAACGAGCUGUCAAUCGACAAUUUAUUCAAUCUCACCAAGCUCACCCACUACUACGACGCCACCUUGCUCCUCAAACCAUGGAUCUCCCAGUGGAUAGCGUCGCUUCGCGAACCCAAGGCAGACGACGAGAUGCACAUGUUCAAGAUGCUGUGGAUCGAUCUCGAGCUUGGCCAGAGACGAUCCUUUGGACUGACUGCGAGGAGAAUCGUCAUGGAGUCCUCUGGUCUUUACACGACUGAGGAUGUCAUGAGUGAGCUCGAAGUUUUUCCGGAUCUGAUUGGUAUGUACUUUCCAUCCAGCAACUGCCAGUUUCAUUACGUUAACAUCGUUCUUGCAGACCGAAUUCAGAGAAUCCGCGAACAGACCAUCUUCGCCAUGCUCGACCUCAUCCGCAAUCUCACCGAAAUCCUCACGACCGUUGACGAAAAGCCGCGCUGGUGCAAGCACGCCUCAUACAUGGGACCACAUCGCUGCGAAUCCAUGAUCCUCGGCUCGAUAGUCUUCUGCAUGACAAGAGCUGGUCUGUGGCCGAUCCCAGAUGUCGAGAACGUGCAGGAUAGUGUCGUCGGUCUAUACCGAACUCUGAUGAACCUCGUGAUCCACGACAUCGGACAGCCCGAGAGGAAAGGCGACGAUCAUCAUGCUUGCAAUCCGAAGCAGUUCCUGACCGAAAGGUUGCAACGCAUCCUGGCUGAAAUGGCUGAUCCCGUGCUCGAAUCGCAUCGAAAGCAACUGGACACGCAGGCGAGGAAGUUGGGAUCGAGCAGUUGA